UCAGUGUAUGUUUGACAUUUACAUUCUUAUCCAUCUGUUAGUCUGUUACUAAUUUUACUCCGAUUUUGCACGUUUUUUAUAUACUUAAUUUUUGCUCUUCGGAUUUAUUUUUAAUUUAAUAAAUAUGACAGCAGAUUUGGAGGAUAUAAAACUUUUCCAAACAAUUGGAUUGAGUGAACAAAAAGCAAUAGAGACGCUAAAAAAUGCACAAGUUACUAAACAUUUAAAAUUUACCAUCGCUGAGGCUUCAAAGCACGGAACUGUUAACAACGAGAAUGGAACUUUACUGUAUCACUUGGCAACAAAAAUAAAAGCUCAAAUAAUAGACAAAGUACCAUUUAUAUCUGAAUCGAUAGUGAAUAAAAAAUUGGAUACAGUUCAAAGGGUCGACGCAGCUUUAAAUUAUUUUCUAAGCAACAUUAAAGAAGCAAUUGAUAUUAAAGCUUUCGAGGAAGCAUGCGGUGUUGGAAUUGAAGUAACUCCAGAACAAAUUAAACAAGUCGUUGAGGCAAUAAUUGCAAAGCAUAAGGAUGAAAUUAUUGAAAAGAGGUAUCGCUUUAAUGCCGGGCCUUUAAUGCAAAAAGUACGCACCGAUUUAAAAUGGGCCGAUGGAAAAUUAGUGAAAAGUGAAUUUGAUUCACAGUUAAUUCAUUUAUUAGGUGAAAAAACGGCAGCUGACUUGGCCCCACUUCCGAAAGAGGGGAAAAAUAAACAAAAAGCACCGGAGAAAGAGGCUAAAAAGAAAAUCGAGAAGGAAAGUGAAGCUGUGAAGGAUAAAAUUGGUGCACAAACGAUAAGUGAACUGAUGAAAACGAAAGUUAAUUUUCACAAGACUGGAGAAAAUUACAAAACGGAAGGUUACGUGGUUACUCCCAAUACUCAUCAAUUAUUAAAGGAACAUCUUCGCAUCACUGGCGGAAAAGUAAGAACGAGGUUUCCACCUGAACCAAAUGGAAUUUUACAUAUUGGACACGCUAAGGCCAUUAACAUUAAUUUUGGUUAUGCAGCUGCUUACGAUGGUACUUGCUACUUACGUUACGAUGAUACAAAUCCCGAAAAAGAGGAGGAAAAAUUCUUCGUUGGAAUUCGAGAUAUGGUGGAAUGGUUGGGUUAUAAACCACAUAAGAUAACGCACUCUUCUGAUAAUUUCCAACAAUUGUACGAAUGGGCAGUGAAACUUAUCGAAAAAGGUAUGGCUUACGUUUGUCAUCAAACCAGCGAUCAAAUGAAAGGUUUCAAUCCACCGCCGAGUCCAUGGCGUGAAAGACCAAUUGCAGAAAAUCUACAAUUAUUCCAGGAUAUGAAAGAAGGUCUAAUGGAAGAAGGAGAAGCGACUCUCAGAAUGAAAGUGACACUUGAGGAAGGAAAGCAGGAUCCAGUUGCUUACAGAAUAAAAUACACCCCUCAUCACAGAACUGGCGAUCAAUGGUGUAUUUAUCCGACCUAUGAUUUCACUCAUUGCUUGUGUGACAGUAUAGAAAAUAUUACUCACUCGCUUUGUACGAAAGAAUUUCAAUCGAGAAGAUCAUCGUACUAUUGGUUGUGCAAUGCUCUAGAUAUUUAUUGUCCCGUUCAGUGGGAAUAUGGAAGACUCAAUGUUAGUUACACUGUUGUGUCGAAGAGGAAAAUCGCUAAACUAAUCGAUGAGGGAAUCGUUUCCGACUGGGAUGAUCCUAGACUUUUUACUUUAACUGCUUUGAGAAGACGUGGAUUCCCCGCGGAAGCAAUCAACAAUUUUUGCGCUCAAAUGGGAGUGACGGGUGCUCAGGCAACGGUUGAUCCCGAAGCUUUGGAAGCAUCGGUUAGAGAUGUUUUGAAUCUCACAGCACCUCGUCACAUGGUUGUUUUAGAUCCAUUGAAAAUUACCAUUUCUAAUUUCACUGGCGAUUCGUCGAUUAAUAUUUCCGUUCCUGAUUUCCCCAACGAGCCAGAAAAAGGACAGCACAAUAUCACCUUCGACGAAAUUGUUUACAUUGAAGCUUCCGACUUUAAGGAGAACGAAGAAAAGGGAUUUCGAAGACUGACACCGAAGCAAUCGGUGGGUUUAAAACACACGGGCGUUGUUAUUACUUUACAGUCUGUGGAAAAAGACUCAACUGGUAGGAUUACGAAUAUAAUUGCCAAACAGGAGCCAGUUUCAGAUAAAAAUAAACCCAAGGCAUUUAUACAUUGGGUUUCGAAACCAUCUCUCGCUUCCGUCAAUCUUUAUAGUCGAUUAUUUAAACACAGAAAUCCAGAAGACACGAACGAAGUGCCAAAUGGAUUUCUCAGUGAUAUAAAUCAUGAUAGCAAGAAAGAAGUUGUCGCCUACAUCGAUUCGUCUCUAGAGAAAGUUUCGAAGCCUUUGGACAAAAUGCAAUUUGAGAGAAUUGGAUUCUUCUGCGUGGACUUUAAUUCUAAACCCAACAAGGUUGUUUUUAACAGAACUGUCACUUUGAAAGAGGAUGCAGGAAAAGUCUAGAAAAAACUAAUUGAAUAUGUUAUUUUUUUUGAAAAAUGGCGUAAGUUCAAAAUAUUUUUAAUGUACGCAAUUCUCGAUUUUCUAUUUAAUAAAUUUAUAUUUAUAAAGUA